AUGGGGGACAGCAGCGACUCUGACGCACCUUUGAAGAAGACAAAGACCAAGAAUGGCCCGAAGAAGGGUGAAGGCGAGGACUCCGAAGAUGCGAUGCCGCUGAAGAGAAGGAGGGCGCCGGCGGCCAAGAGGGCGGGGACGUCGAAGAAGGCCGAGGCGGAAGAAGAGUCGGAAAGCGAGGAGGACGAUGACAGUGAGCACGAAGAUAACCCUAAGAAGAAGAAACCGAGAACCCAGGCAGCCAAAACGACGGCUGCGAAGAAGGCAGGGACGAAGAAGGGCGCCGUGGCGCCGCGCCCCAAGGCGAAGGGAAAAGCCUCGAAGUCGCCUGCGGGCAAGGGUCGCGCUCGGAUCGCCGCCAAAGGUGGGGUCGCUGGCGGGGCCCGGGCGAAGAAGGAGAAGAAAGAAGAGGGCGAGGAGGAGGAGGAUAUUCCCAACGACGCCAGGAAGUACUUCAAGGAGGGCCAAAAACACAUCACGCCUCCGAAUGGCGAGGGAACACGCGCGUUCUACGAGAGCCUCUAUGAGGAAAACCCCAACAGCCUGAUUGCGUUGAGGUAUGUCAUCGAGUACGGCGUUUUGACAGGAACAAAACUUCACGAGUCCCUCCCGAAGUAUGCGCUGCUUCGCGAACUCGGCGCCUUCAGAGGAACAGGCGGAGGCGUCCAGCCCGACUUCAAAGAAGGACUCAGCGAGCAGCAAUUGAAGGCGGGCCGCAAAGCCCUGGAGGCGAAGGGAUGGGGAGGGCUGAAGAAGAAAUAG